AUGGCCAUGAUAGCCAAUUUGCCUACUAUUGAGAGGAUUUUAGUGACUGGCGAUCAGUACCAGCUGCCCUCUUAUUCAAGCGCGGUCCCGGGUAAGAUCAUAUCUUUGCGGCACGAAGGUGCAAUCGAGAAGCUCAUCGGUAACUCAGUCUUCAGGUGUGUAUCUUUAAAUAAAAAUUUCAGGAGUCAUCCAAUUUUGGUCGAGGCAUUAUCGGUAGCCUCGUAUAACGGACAGUUAGUCCCGGAAAGAACUUCAGAAAAACGCCACCAGUGGAGAGUGUUAGGCUUUCCGACCCCGACUGACAGUCUCCCUGUUCUUACGCUGCAAACGACCGGAUGGAAACAACUCACCCUGGAGAGGAGUUGGUCGAAUGACCUGCAUAACGAAGCAACCUUAAGAUUAAGAAGAUUUAUCGUGGACAAAAUCCCAUCAGCACCAGUAGUCCUUUCGUGUUACUAUUCGACUUCGGUUGCAAGAAUUACUGCACUGGACCCUGAGAGUCAAGUAUUUAGUAUUAAUCGACACCAGGAUCGCGAUUGCGAUUCCGCGAUCAUAGUUACGACACGGAUAACUCAGGAAAGCGUUCGGCAAAAUGUUGAUUUUGUCCUCGACCCUUGA